AGGAGCCUCCUCCGCGCAACUUUUACUUGUGAGAAAGAUAGGAAAAGCGCAGUCUCGGAGGUUUUUAGAUUUUUAAACAAAACAGCUUCGUCAGCUGUUUUUCCUUUUUUCUUCCUCUUUUUGUUUCACUUUGCCAUAUCUUGCGCAGAAGGGGCAAAGAGACGAGAAAUCCAAGAUAGCAGAGAGAAAUCAGUCGAACAGUGAAGCUCUCAAUCCAAGUCUCUGUUUUGUGUAUAUGCGUGUGUGUGAGCGCCUCUGUGUACACACAUUUUUUUGGCAACAAGGGAUCUGGGUUUACUUGCCCCACUCUCCCUUCUCACAUUUUAACACAGUUUAGGAUAACAAAUUCUUUUGCUGCAUAAAGUUAUCCCCCCAGAAAAGAUUUUUAACAUCGCUGAGUGGUUGACAAUCGUACGAAGGUGUAUGGCUGUGUGCAUGUGAAUGUGAUGAAAAUUCUUAUGGUGGUCAUGCAGCCAGAGCCCAAAAGAAGUUGAAGAUACAUUCAUCUUAUUAACCAGGAAGAGAGGAAGACAGACGGUGGCUUCCAUAAUUGAGCAAAAUUCCUCGUAAGGUGCCUGGCAUCCCGCCGUCUCUUGAAGGAAGAGCAGCGUGGAUUAGGGAGCAGCAACUUGGUGGGGAGGCGCAGUUGGCCGGUCGUCUGGCCUUACUAGGCCACGCCAUACUGGCCUCGACCAGUGAAGAAUCCGAUGAAGGUGGAGCAGCCCAGCCACCAAAAAAGAAGCUCCGCUCCGCAACCUGCUCAGCGAUACCCAGCACCAAUAUGCAGCAUCAAGCUACAACAGCCAAGAAUGGCUGUUCGUCAAAAGAUGCCAACAAUGGUAGUAAAAAUGAUGGUGGCUCCGCUACCGAGUCUCUGUACGGCUUAAAGGACGUUGACGGCGUUGUGGGAGGCCCUAAGCAUGGAGGACUGUUUGCUGACGCUGAUCAAAGUUUUGCCGAAUUGGAUGGACUCAUUCAGCCCAAAACUGUUUCGAAAACUGAUCAGGAAAUCGUACGGAUAAUCGGACAGCAUUUGACGUCGAUAGGACUGCAUCGGAGUGCCGAAGUACUUAUGCAAGAAUCGGGGUGCAGAUUGGACCAUCCUGCCGCUGCCAAAUUUUGUCAGCAUGUCAUGGAUGGCGACUGGAAUAAGGCAGAAAUGGAUUUGACGGAACUAAAAAAUGUCCUGGUCUGCCCACAGAACUUAGUCGAAAUGAAAUUCCUGCUUCAAGAGCAGAAAUACCUCGAGUGCCUGGAAGACGGACGUGUCAUGGAGGCGCUGAACGUUCUCCGCCACGAAUUGACGCCUCUGGGACACAACGUGGUUCGUGUCCAUGAGCUUUCUGGUUUCAUGAUGUGCUCGACUGGUGAGGAACUGCGCGAAAUUGCCCAAUGGCAGGGCAAGGGACACCUGUCACGUGGAGCUCUCAUGGAGAGGCUUCAGCGCUUCUUGCCUGCGUCAAUCAUGUUACCUCCGAGAAGGCUUCACGCUUUAUUAACGCAAGCAGUAGAUUCUCAGAAGGAACGUUGUCCCUAUCAUAAUGUGAAAUCGAAUGCCCCCUUCGACAACGUUUCUCUGUUGAGUGAUCACAUGUGUUCCAAGGAUCAACUACCGCUGGAGACAUGGCAAAUUCUCAACGAUCACUGUGAUGAAGUUUGGUUUUGUCGGUUCUCGCCUGACGGCACGAUGCUAGCCACGGGCUCUAAAGACACUACUGUGAUGAUAUGGAUUGUAGAUCCGGAUAACUGCUCGCUGACACAUUUGAAGACGCUAGAAGGCCAUUCCUACGGCGUGGCUUAUUUAUCGUGGAGUCCAGAUAGCAGCCACCUUGCCGCUUGUGGUCCAGAUGACUGUCCAGAACUUUGGGUUUGGCAGGUUGAGACGGGACAGCUGCGGACUAAAUUGUCACACGCAUCUGAGGAUUCGCUGACGUCGUGCGCCUGGCAUCCCGAUGGAAGACGCUUCGUAGCUGGCGGCUGCCGCGGCCAAUUUUAUCUUUGCGAUUUGGAAGGAAACGUGCUGGAGUCGUGGGAGGGAGUUCGAGUUCAAGCGCUGGCCUGGAAGACGGAUGGGAAAACUGUGCUGGCUGCCGACACGCAUCAUCGCAUUAGAGGAUACAACUUCGAUGACCUGACAGACUGCAACAUUUUACAAGAGGAUCACCCCAUUAUGUCGUUUACCGUCAACAGCACAGGCCGUUUAGCAUUGCUCAACGUCGCUACUCAGGGUGUCCACCUCUGGGAUCUACAGGAUCGCAUUUUGGUUCGUAAGUACCAAGGCCUGACACAGGGUUUUUACACGAUCCACUCAUGUUUCGGUGGAUUGGGACAGGAAUUCAUCGCCAGUGGCAGUGAAGAUAACAAAGUUUUUGUGUGGCAUAUACGUCGCGAGCUACCUCUAGCAACACUGACGGGUCAUUCCAGAACGGUCAAUUGUGUUCACUGGAACCCGCGCUUUCCUCAUCUGCUCGCUUCAGCUUCAGAUGACGGCACGGUCCGGCUAUGGGGGCCGUCACAGGAAUGCCGCGAUUCUGCUAAUGCUGCCAGUACACAAGCCACCACAAAUAAUGCAGCCGCUGCUGGAUCGACCGUCACUAAUCAUUCGUCUGAUAGCCCCAAAUCGACUCCGUCUAACUCAGGUCACUCAACGUAUACUGGUGCGUCGAACGGAUCCUAGUUUAAUACCCACAUUUUAUUUUGUUUAAAGGAGAGAGUGACGGGGAUUGAUAGCCAGUUCUCGAUUCACAAUCCCUCAUUAAUGUUUAUGUACAUAUGAGCGAUUAGACGAGUUAAAGUGUAUCGCAUCAAUGGGCGAUGAGUACCGGAAAAAAACUGAAACAACAUCACCCAAACGUUUCGCUUUAUUCUUCUGGUGUGUCACCCGUUUCGCCAAUCCGCAAAAGUUAUUCAUCUCGGCUACUUCUAGACGCGAAAUCUUGUAUGUUCCGUUUUCAUCUUUUUAUCGUUGAAGAACAGUCAAUCACAAGAGAAACACGCUGAGAACAAGGUUCACCAGCCUUUCCUUGAACGUUUAUUUCAAGUCGUUCAUUCCCCUUGAACUUGGACGAGAAAUAAAUUUAGAGAUGAAAUUAAA